AUGACAGUUUCUUUUUUUAUUUCUAUUUUUGUCUGCGUUUUUUUUUCUCUCUUUUUUUGUGCUGUUUAUUGCUUGAAUAACUUCUUGGGUGCGUGUGUGUGUGUUUAUAUUUUUUUCUUUGAGUGUUCCCUGUUGUUGGCCUCCUGUUGUGUGUGGGAGAAAAUGCACUCCACUGCCUUUUUGCUUUUGUUUUUGGUUGUUGUUGUUUUUUUCCCCCCUUUUGUCUUCCGCGACGGUUUGGCAAAGAAACACACAGAGACAGUAGUAGGGGAGCGCUUGCCGUGCGUGAUGGCGGCCGAGCGGGAGGUGAUCACCGUCGCACUCGGAAAUUAUGCCUCGCUUGUGGCGGCGCAGUGGGCGAAUGGCACGACGGAGUACGACACCACGAGGCGGACGUUGUACGCAGAGCGGCGGGUAGGGGCCGUGUGGGGCGGAGAGUUGACGCAGCAGCGCACAGGGGCAACCGUGCGUGUGCCACGCCUGAUUUUGUUGGAUGCGCCCCAUGCGACGCGAAUGAAAUUUCCCCGACGUCGCAUCCACCGGGACACUAACUUGAAAGAAGCGCAGGAGGCGGAUCGUGGUCAUACGCCUGGGGCGAUGAAUUGCCCAACGACGGCGGAUUUCUUUUCCUCCGACUCAUCCAACUCGCACAGUGACGAUAACGAUAAUGAUAACAACGGUGGUGAAAAACAAGAGAGGGGUGAGGUGGAGGAAAUGCCAUCAUUCUCCUCCUCCACGGACCAGCGUCAUCAUGGCCGUACUUUUUCCCCAAGCGGGGUGGCGGCUCACGAAACAUUCAAUUCUGUGAGGCAAAUCAAGCGGGAGCUCUUUAAUGAGCGAGAUGAAUUAGUUCCCUGGUGGCAGUACAUUCGCAGUGGUGUGAGUGCGAAUUGUGUGCAUGUUCUUCAUCCGCUGCACCCUCUGGGGGGAGCCGCUGCUGAUGUUCCGCUUUUGCAUAGCUUUGGCUUUGGAAUGUCUCAACUGAGUUCCACGCACAGUAACGACAUGGCGGAAGUGAUGGGAAGUAUUCGACAGCAACUGGAGGAAGCGGAUUCCCUGCAGGGUGUGCAGUGUUUUCUGGACGGCGACUCCGCCUUUGGUGGAGCGGCGUGUAAUGUCAUGGAGGAGUUUUGGGAAGACGCGGGGCAUAAAAUCCCUGCUGUGUUUUUCGCAUGUUUUCAGCCCCUUCCUGAGGAGACGAUGACUCCUGGAAGCGACGUGGACUUUGCAGACAGGCGAAGAGAUGAACUGUGUCUGAAUCGCCUUCUUGCCGCUUCACACCUGACACGGCAAGACCGCGCCGUCUACAUACCGCUGGAGUUGGAAUACUGGAAAACCUCGUUUGCGGAACACACAACAUUAGGCAUGAAUGUUCCUUCAUGGCUUCAGAACGAUAUUGCCACGGCCCAGUUGGUUGCAAUGGCUGCUGAUACUGCUCUCUAUGGCAUUAGAGAUGAUGGAAGUGUAAACACGACUAGGGGAAGCGGUCCAUCAUUUUAUAUGCAUGACUGGCAAGAAGCGGUGCGGCCUACAAGGACUCUGCGUGUGGCAGCGGCUCUUGCAGCAGUGCCACUGCGUGUGUACGAUGCCAAUGCACCUAAAAACGAUCUUUGGGAUUUUCUACACCGUUAUCCACUACUAACGACAUCUCCGGUUGCAAACAAUGGAUUCUUUACGCCGCUAACGCACCCCAUCAAUUUUGAAUUUCAAACUGAAGCUGGGCGUGUGUUGGGUCAUGCCUUGACGAUGAGAGGUGCAGGCAAGCUGCUCGACCUGACUUAUCCACGACAAGAGGCAUUGCUGCGAUAUGGCCUUCCGCUGCGAACGGCAAAUUAUCUGCCUCUUGUAACAGGAAACAGCUACCCCAUCUCAUCGACAUUCCCUCAAGAUUUUGUGCUCCCACGUGAUAUUUUGGCCUCUGGGGCGCUGGAUGGCAUCGAUGUUGGAUCUCAUGUUGUGUCAACGUUUGGCUCAGCCCCCAUGAUUCAGGGGAUUCUAACGGAUGCAGAAAAGGUAUUGCAUUGCCGUCGACACCUCUACGAGGAUGCAUACUGCAUGGAGAAAGACGAGUGGAAGGAAGUCAUUGAGGACGUCCUUCAAAUGCGAGAUGACUAUGAUCACCGUGAUAACGAGGCCGAUGAAGAGGAACUCGAGUAA